UUUUCAAUUAAUCCUGCACGUUUACUUCUGUUAAUCAUAUUGAAAUCCAGGAUCUUUUCCCAAGAUCUUCCAAGCGACAUCGUCGUUCAGGUCGGAAAGGUUGACUUUCAGCUCCACAAGUUCAUGCUGGUGGCGAAGAGCGGUUUGAUCCGGCGGAAGGUGAUUGAAUCGAAGAGGGCAGACCUCGGCCGCCGCAUAGAUCUGUCCGAGGUGCCUGGCGGCGCGGCGGCGUUUGAGAAGGCUGCAAUGUUUUGCUACGGGGUCAGCUUCGAGAUAUCUGUCAACAGCGUGGCGGCGGUGCGGUGCGCCGCCGAGUACUUGCAGAUGACGGAAGACUACUGCCGCGGCAACUUGGUGCAGAGGACGGAGGAGUUCAUCAACCAAAUCGCGCUCAAGACGCUGCCCGGCGCCGUUGCCUUGCUGCGCUCCUGCGACGACGCCCCUGAUCUCCUUCGCCCCGGCGAACACGUUCGGAUCGUGCAGCGCUCCGUGGAUGUUAUCAGCUUGAAGGCGUGCAACGAGGCUAACUUUCCAACACGCUCGCCGGCGGACUGGUGGGCCGCUGAGCUCGCGUUGCUCUUUCCCACCUCGUUCAAGAAGAUACUCACCGGUAUGAAAUCCCGCGGAGCCGCUCCCAAGUCCCUCGCCGUCGCCAUCGUGACGUACGCUGAGAAAUCCCUACCCAACCUCCUGCUUUCCGAAGGCGCCGCCCGGCCGUUCGUCACCGGCAGCGACGCUGCCCGCGCCCGCCAGCGCUGCCUCCUUGAUUCCCUCGUCUCCAUCCUCCCACCGGACCGUGACGCCCCCCUCCCGGUCGGCUUCAUCUACCGCCUGCUCCGGGCGGCGGUAUUCCUCGGUGCUUCUGAGGCAUGCCGGCGGGAGCUCGAGCGGCGAGCCUCUGCCUCCCUCGACCAGGCGGCCGUAGCCAACCUCCUCACGAUCAGUCUGGACUACUCCGGCGAGCGCGUCGUGGAUCUCGACAGCGCUAGGAGGAUCGUGGCCAGUUUCGCGGAGAGAGAGGCGAGCGCCUCCGCCGGGGGCGGCGUUCUCUAUGGUUCUGGUUUCAAAGGCGUAUGCUCCUCGCCGGCGGUGCAUAAGGCGGCGCGAACGGUGGACAGCUUCCUGGGGGAGAUAGCCACGGACAAGGAGCUGUCGGUAUCCAAGUUCGCUGGCAUCGCCGGGGCUCUCCCCAAGUCGGCGCGACGCUUCGACGACGACCUAUACCGCGCCGUCGACAUCUAUCUCAAGGCCCAUCCUUCUCUGGAUGAGAUCGAGAGGGAGAAAGUGUGCAGCGUGAUGGAUCCACUGAAGUUGUCAUACGAAGCCCGACUACAUGCAUCUCAGAACAGGCGACUACCCCUUCAAAUUGUGCUCCACGCGUUGUACUACGACCAACUGCAGCUUCAGGGUGGGGAGGAGGCAAGGAUGCCGGCGUGGGGACGAGACCAAGGGCUGACGGCCGACGACAUGUCACUGAUCAGAGAGAAUGAGAAUCUGCGGUUGGAGCUUGCGAGGAUGAAGAUAUACGUUUCGCAGAUUCAGCAACAAGGGAUGAGCGGCCUGAAAAUGGAGAGCAAGAACUCAUUCUUCUCCUCGGUUUCACGAACUCUCGGAAAGCUCAAUCCCUUUAAGCAAGUUGGUUCGAAAGAUACUUCCAGCAUCGAGAACAGAGAGGUAAUUGGUAUGGAGAUGAUGGCGAAGCCGAGGAGGAGGAGAAGGUUCUCCAUAGCUUGAUUCCUGAUGAAAUUAUAUAUUGUUAGUUACUACUUUAGUUAGUUAAUCAAAUGUGUUUUAAUUAAGCAUCUGUAAUAAUGA